AGUAGUUUUCUCUACUGUUGUGUUUUGAUAUGAUUCUGUUAGACGCGCAGCUUAGCUAGGUGCUUGUCGUCUGUCAGUUCAUCUGGGAGUGUUUCCCGACAACUAAACAAAAUGAAGAAGUUUUUUGAAGACAUAAAAAAGGACAUGAAGUUUAAAUCUGCUGGACCCGGGAAGAAGCUAACCGAGGACACCAGCUCCAAGCCAGCCCCGAGCGACUGCAACUCCAAGCAGAACCGCCGCCCUCCCAGCGAAGGAGCGCAGAUGGCUGGAGCCGCAGCUCUAGCCAGGAUCGAGCACCAGCAGCGCCCCAAGGUGCACACCUCCCAGGACGCGAUCAGGAUCCAGGUCAAAAAAGAGCUGGAAGCAGAGGCAGCUGCACUGACCGAAAAAGAAAAAGCAGCAACACGAGAGGGAUCCAAAGUACCAGUAAAAGAUCCAGCAUGCCUCUCGGUGUCAGGUGUGUAUUUUACCUGCCCGCUCACAGGAGCGACGCUGUCCAAGAGUGAGAGGGAGGUCCACAUCAAAGAAGCAAUCCUGAUGCGGUUUGAGGAAGAUCCAAUCGAGGCUUCAGUCAUGAUGGUGCACACUUUUAACAAAGAUAAAGAGAAAGUGAAGGCUGCUGUGGAAAUCAUCAGCAAAUAUGUGGAAAAUAUCUGUAAAAACCCGACAGAGGAAAAGUACAGGAAGAUUAAACUCAGCAACAAGGUUUUCCAGGAGAAAGUGCGUUGUGUGGAGGGCAGUCGAGAGUUUCUGCAGGCUCUGGGCUUCAUCAGCAUCAUGCUUCCAGUAGACGGACAAGAAGAGGAAGAAGAAUUCCUGGUGUUGCCGGAAGCAAGUCCCGAUGCCUUGGAGCUAAUGAAGGAGCAGCGAGACCGCCUCCAGAGGGGGGAGCCCGUCAGAGCAAAGCUGGACCGGCAGCCUCAAGCGUUUAAGCCCUCCCCCCAUGCCCAACGCUUCGAGUUGCCCCCCGAGUUCUACAACCUGACAGCAGAGGAGCUCCGGAAGGAGCAGCAGCAGAGGAGUGAGUUGCUGGAGAAGAACGCCAUGCUGCGCACCAAAGCCAUGAGGGAGAAGGAUGAACAGAGGGAGAGGAAGAAAUACAACUACACCCUGCUCAGGGUCAGGCUGCCUGAUGGAAACCUGCUACAAGGGACCUUCUAUGCCUGGGACCGGCUCCCCGUGCUGUUUGAGUUUGUGCGGGAGUCUCUGGUCGACGGCUGGCAGCCCUUUGAACUCAUCGCUCCUGGGGGUCAAAAGCUUAAAGAGUCUGAAGGAGUCAGUUUUGUAGAAUCUAACUUGGUCCCUGCCGCCCUGAUUACAUUUGCCUGGGACGCGGCCGUGCAGGCAGAUAUCGCAGCUGCAGGCAAGCAGAGUCAGAGUCUGCUCAAACCGCAGCUGCUUGAAGCCAUCGGGACGCUGAGCUGAGCCCUGACCUCCACCCUCCCUGCUACCUCCAUCUCCCCCCUCGCACAGCCAGGGGGAACGUGUCCAGUAAACAGUGAUAAAUGUAUUUUUGUAAACUCUAACCGGAGUUAGAAUCAGAGAGAGACAGAGGGGGCAACCGUACUUUGAUUUGCUGAGCAUGAGCUUCCCCUUCCAUGGUGGGAGACCAUCACCCUGCAGCUGGAGUCGAAGGAAGCUCUCCUAACAAUGUCAGGAAGAAAGCGGUUUAUAUUUGGUGCAUCGUGAAAGCUGUUUAGUUGAUGUUCUCUUGUAGCAGCCCCUUUGGUGCUUGAUCCAAACACAUCCACCUGUCAGGCAUUUUCUUAAUUUUUCUUGUUGCCACUCACUUUCCUUUUCAAGAGUAGGUGUAUGUCUGGUUGGCUCAGGAAGUUUCUCUAGCUGUUUUGCUUUGUUUGUUGUUGUUGUACAUCAGAUCCUUUCUGUGGUUACUUCAGCUGGGAGCAAAACUCUUGACACAGGGAAAAAACACUCUGAUACCAAGAACAGCAUCCGUUAUAACAAGAGAACUUUGAGUUGUAGAUCUUAAUGCAAGAGCGACUGGCUGUAACCAUGUCCAAGUAUUAUUCCAACCUGAAGCACUUUGAAAGAGUAUUUAAACUUUAUAAACAGCUUUAUCUGUAAAACUAAACACUGCAUCGCCUGCUUCUGUAAUCAGUUCUUUGACUUUACGUCAGUGUCGUCCACUUUGGGAUGAAGUUGUGGUUUAUUUCUGUUCAGAUUGGCAGCAUGAAUCGGUUCUACAGAACGUUGGGAAUUUAGUUCUGCAUUUCUGACAUCAAAAAGCUGUCUGGAAAACCCACUAAUCUUUAUGCGAAAACGUUUUUAAAAUAAUGUUUUGAUGACCCCAGAUGUUAGCAGAAAACUCAUUUGUCUGUUUUUAACCCCACUCCUUACAUUUGAGCACCAUCUUUUCCUGUUAGUCUCUAAAUUUAAAUCUGACAUUUCAAAUAAUGGAAAUUUUAAAAAUAUGAAAAUUAUGGCUA